CGAGAGGCCAGAAAGCCGGCAAGCCGCGGGCUACGAAAAGUGACCCUGGCGACCCCAAACGCCCCCGCCUCUCUCGCUCAGGCUGUACCUGCCCGCGGAGCGCUGCGAGCCGCCGGCAGAGAAGAUGGCUAGCCCUGCGCCCUUAGUGGCCUCCAUCAGCCACCAAAUGGUGGCUCUGCAGACUCUGCAGCUGCUGCAGCAGGAGUGGGGCUGGGGGGACGGUCCGAACUACCCCGGGAGCCCGCGCGAUCCAGACCACGUGUCCGCCGCCCCAGCGCGUAGCACAGGCCCUCGGCGGGCCCGACCCGGCCCGCGGCGGGACGAUGGGGGCGGGGGCCGGGGGCCCAGGAACGCGGGAUCUGGGGCGCGGAUAAGCUCCCCACAAACGGAAGCGGUGCGAGGCGCCGAGGGGGGCGCGGAGCUGCUGCCCUUCCCCAGGGGCCGCGGGCCCUGCACCCUGGCCCAGAUGGCCAUGCGCAGCGCGCUGGCCCGCGUGGUGGCCUCGACCUCGGAGCUGGUGAGCGUGGAGCGGACGCUGCUGGGACCCCUGCAGCAGGAGCGGUCCUUCGCCAUCCAUCUGAAGGAUAGUGUUGAGUUUAGAAACAUCUGCAGUCAUUUGGCUCUACAAAUUCAAGGACAACAGUUUGACAGAGAUUUGAAUGCUGCCCACCAGUGUUUGAAGACGAUAGUCAAGAAGCUGAUUCAGUCACUUGCUAAUCUUCCUUCAGAUGCCCAUAUGGUAGCCUGUGCUUCUUUGAGACAGAUCUUACAGAAUCUCCCAGACAUAUGAAUGUUCAAGACACCAGAAUUAAAAUCACAGCCAGUACUGCUAAGAGAACUGGGUACCUGACAUGCCGAAUUGAAUCAGCAGACAGUGGAUGCUUUUAUUCCCAGUAAGGAGAGAUGUGAUGAAAUAUAUAACAGUCUGACCAGUGGCAUCUGUACCCUUCAGAAUCAUAGCAUGUUGGUGAAUGUUUUUUAAAGCAGUAGUUCCCAUUUUUAAGUAUGUUGUUAUAUUUGCUUACUUUUUGAUAGAAAUAUAUUCCACUUUGUGGAACUG